AACGCUAUUCACCCCCCCUCUAGCGUUGGUCAUUUAUUCUAACAAUUGGUAUCAGAGCCUAACUCGCGUCCAAACUUAACUGUUUGAGAGUAAAAGCGAUCAUGGGUUCUUCUUCUAGAAAUUUGUAUGCAGGAAUAGGUGAAGGGCAAUCAACCACACGGCCACCUCUUUUUUAUGGAACCAAUUAUACAUAUUGGAAAGAACGAAUGAGAAUCUAUAUUCGUUCCACGAACUUCCAAUUAUGGUUGCUUAUCAAAAACAGGGAAGAGGUGUCAAUGAAGAAAGUCGAGGACAAAUUUGAUGCCGAGGACAUCAAAAAGGUCGAGAAUUAUGCAAAGGCAAUAAACAUGCUUUAUUGUGCCGUAAAUCCUGAUGACUACCGCAAAAUUUCUUGCUGCUCAACCGCCAAGGAGAUGUGGGAUAAACUUGAUGUGACGUGCGAAGGAACGGACCAAGUACGUGAAGCCAAGAUCGACUUCCUCACCCAAGAGUAUGAGAUGUUUAGAAUGAAGGAGCACGAAAACAUCGACGACAUGUUCGACCGAUUCUCCAAGAUAGUCAACAAUCUUCAUACUUUGAAGAAGACCUACACCGACAGGGAUCUUGUGCGAAAGAUCCUACGGAGCUUGACAUCCAAAUGGCGAUCUAAGGCCGAUGCCAUCUAUGAAUCAAUCGGCACAUCAAAUGUCACCAUCGACGGUUUAAGAGGUAACUUAAAAACGUAUGAAUCUACUAUACUUAACCCGUCUUUGAAUGACCAGAGAAAAGGCAUAGCAUUAAAAGCUUCCAAAGAACCGACAAUGAAUGACUCAAGCGAUGAUGAUGAAGUCAAGCUUGUCAUGAAGAAGUUUUGCAAACUUCUAAGAAAUAAAGAAAAGGUUGAGGAUGGCCGUGUGUGCUAUGGAUGUGGUGAAGCCGGGCACAUCAAGAACAAAUGCCCGAGAAACGGAAGGAACACUCGCCGUUUCAAAAAGCACAGAGCAUACAUCUCUUGGGGUGGCGACUCCAGCGACGAGUCAACCGACCAAGACGAGGAUGAAACUGCCAACCUCUGUCUCAUGGCACACGAAGACCAAACCGACAAUGAACAAGAGGAGAUCAACCCGGCGCUAAUUCGGGUCUUCUACUCCAACCUCCGGCGUGAGGGCGACGUGCUCUACUCUCUUGUUAAGAGCACACCGAUAGAGCUUUCCGUUGAGAAGCUUGGGCGCAUCGCCGGCCUCCCCUACCAAGGCGACGACGUCUCCCAAUAUGGCGGAGAGGACUGGGUGCUCAACAACGAGGGCCUUAUCCUCAGUGAGCUUGGCAUCACCGAGCUUAUCCGCCAUGCCUCGGGCCGCCCCACCAUCCACUCCGCAAACCCCGAGAGCCGGCUUCUUGUCUACAUCGUGUCCCGAAUCAUCAAGCCCCGGAAGCAUGGCCACACAAUCAUGUCAGGUGAGGACCUCAAACUCAUCCAUGCGAUCAUGCACUCGGCCCCAAUCAAUUGGGCAAAGUUUGUCAUGAUCAACAUGACGAUUGCCGCGUCCACCGACCACGAUCACCUCCUCCCGUACCCGUUUGUGGUGAUGGACAUCCUUGAACAGUUCAAGGUGACCACCACCGUUGGCCCACUCACGAAGGCCACGAAGAUUUGGGCGAUCAGCACCCAGACCUUCAAGAAGCGGUUGGACAAUGCCGGACCUGCCACUGCCACUACCGUGCCACGGCGUCGUUCGGCUGCUGGCCCAGCCAAACCCCAGGCCCGGGCCAACCUCGUCUCCAUCGCUGACUCCCUCAACCGGCUGCACUUCAAAGUUGAUGGGAUGGAUGGCUACCUUGAGAGGCUUGACGAGGCGGUCCAACGCCAAGGGUACGCCAUGAACGCGUACUUCCAACGCGUUAACUACGUCCCCCCACCGUACCAUGGCACGUUCUUUAGGCAAGUGUACGGUGACGAGGACGAAGACGAUGCCUCCUACGACCCGUCAAGCUCCCCGGACGAGGACGAGUUCGACGACGCCGUUGACGGUGAUGAGAUGGAUGUCGACGACGACGAGGAGGAAACCGAAGACGAAGACUAGGACGCCCCUAGAAUUUCUAUCUCUUUUAUUUUAAUUAUCAUGUUUCUUAAUGCUUCCAUUGUACUCCGCUAUUUCCCAUCUUCAAUAAAUAAAAGUUAUCUUU